AUGGCAAGCGAUAGGGAUAAUAAAGUAGAUGGAAUAGUACACGAAGCCCUUAAAAAGAAAGAAACGAAUUUAUUUCAAAAAUCCGAAGUUAUUAAAAAAUUAAAUGAAGAAAGAAAAGAGAAAAUAAUAAUACAAGAUGGACAAGAAAAUAACUUGGAUGAGAAAAAAAAAAAAAAAACGAUAAUAAAAAAUAAUGAAGAUAUAUUAAAAGAUAAUAUUAAUAAUUUAAAAAAUAAUAAUAAAACUCACAUAAAUAUUAAUAAAGGCAUUACCAUAUGUGAGAAAAAUAAUAAUAAUAAUAAAUAUGAAAUUCCCAUUAUAGGAGCAUCUAAGAGAAUGGAUGAUAUUUCUUCUUAUGAUGAAAAAAAAGAUAUUAUAACUAAUGUAAAGGAAAAUCAUGUGGACGACAAAAAAAAAAAUAUUAUAAUAAUAAAUAAGGAAGAUAUACAAAAGGAUAAUACCAACAGUAAUGUUAUUAAUAAUCACAUGAGAUAUAAUAAACUUAAUGCGAAUAUAUGUAAAUAUGAAAAUGUAUUUUCUGAAAAAGGUAAUAAGACGGAUAUAAUAUCAUGUACUUUUACAGAUUCAAAUAAAAAAAAACAGGUUUCCUUUUUUUCACAGGUCGAUAAAAAUAUAAUGCAACAAACAAAAGGAAAUAUUAAAAAAAAAAAAAAAAAUGACGAACAAGAAGAAGAAGAAAAAGAAAAAGAAGAAGAAAAAGAAAAAGAAGAAGAAAAAGAAAAAGAAAAAGAAAAAGUAGAAGAAAAAGAAAAAGAAAAAGUAGAAACAUAUUUAAAAGAACCAAUUAAUAAAUUAUUAUAUAAAGAACAAUUUUGUACAGAUAUUUAUAAAAUGGAAAUUUUAAAAAAAGAUGAAAAUCAUAAGAAAUCUAUUGAAAAAAAUAAUAUUGUUGUAAAAGGAAAACAAAAUAUAAAUACAUCUUCGAAAAAUAAUAUAUUUAUUCCUUUACAAAAUAAUGUAUAUCUACCUUCACAAAAUAAUGUAUAUCUACCUUCACAAAAUAAUGUAUGUCCACCUUUACAAAAUAAUGUAUAUCUACCUUCACAAAAUAAUGUAUGUCCACCUUUACAAAAUAAUGUAUGUCCACCUUCACAAAAUAAAGCAUGUCCAUCAUCACAAAAUAAUGUAUGUCCAUCAUCACAAAAUAAUGUAUGUCCAUCAUCACAAAAUAAUGUAUGUCCAUCAUCACAAAAUAAUGUAUGUCCAUCAUCACAAAAUAAUGUAUGUCCAUCAUCACAAAAUAAUGUAUGUCCACCUUCACAAAAUAAUGUACCUCCAAAGACACACGUCCCAAGCGAAAAUAACAAAGUGACAAAAAUUGUUAAAUUAAUUAAUGAAAAACAACAGAAUAAAGGAAAUUAUAGAAAUACAAAAUGGAACAAUACUAUUAAUGGGAAAAAAAAUGGUACCAAAUAUAUUACUGGUGGUUCAAAAAUGUUAACAAAGGAUUUGAAAAAAGAAAAAAGUAAUACACCGUUAUCCAAAAAUAAACUACCAGAUAUAGGUUCGCCGGCUACUAAUAAUGUUAAAGAAACAUCUUUAACUAGUGAUAAAAAAAAAAAAAAAAAAAAUCCAUAUGAAACAUCCUUGAAAAAUAAAUUAAACAUUUUGAAUAAGCGAGUUAGAUGUUUGACAUCAUUCGAAAAUAUUAAAGAUGGUUUAGCAAACGUACGAAAUAAUCAAACUGGUGGAAAUUUUAAGGAGUUGUUAUUAUCGCAUGACAUGAUUACGAAAAAUAAUAACAUAACAAGUAGUAGUCCUAUUAUGAAUAAUAAUAAUAAUAUUCAAAAUAGUAAUAUUAUGUCAUGUGAUAAUAUACAUAAUAACAAUAUUUCUCCUGAACAUAAUUCAUGCGUUUAUAAUAAAAAUAACGUUCUCUUAUUAUUAACCAGAGAUUUUAGGAUUAACGAUAACUGGUCCCUCAUAUAUGCAUAUGAAAAAGCAAAAAAAAAAAAAGCUCAUUUAUUUGCAUGUACCUAUUUAAAUAGAAAGGAACCAUUUCCUAAAAGACAUAUAGAUAUCAAAUUAAAGGUUUUAAAAAAUUUAGAAGAAAACAUGAAAAAAAUAUUGAAUAUACCUUUCUAUUUAUUAACUAUUUAUAUGAUAGAUGAAUUUAUGGAAUUCCUAAGAAUCUAUGAUAUAAAAACCAUUAUUUGUGAUUUUAAUCCGUUAAAUGAGACUAGAAUUUUUAUACAAAACUUAGUAGAAUUAUCAAAUAUAAAAAAAAUUAAAAUACUUCAAGUGGACUCACAUAAUAUUGUACCCAUAUGGAUAACAUCGAAAAUCGAAGAAAGUUGUGCAAGAACUAUAAAACCAAAAAUACAAACACAUAUUUCAACUUUUCUUAUUGAAUAUGUACAAUUAGAAAUGUUUGAUCAAAUUAUUAAAUAUCCUGAACCAUUUUCUAUAUCUGAAGUUUUUAAAAAACUAACCGUAUAUAUUCCUUGUCCCGUCUUAUUGAACUUUGUAUGUACUGAGCAAAAGGCUCAUGAAAUAUUACAAAAUUUCUGUUCAAAGAAAUUGGAAAGGUAUAGCUUGAAGAAAAAUGAUCCCAACAGUGAAAUGAUUAAUCUCUUAACACCUUAUAUUAACUUUGGAAUUAUUUCAUCACAAAGAUGUGUAUUGGAAGUCAACAAGUACGCAAACAGCUACCCUUCUAUUAACACCAUCAGUGGAAAAGAACUAUUCAGCGAAGAAAUGAUAAUGAAAAAAGAGCUAGCUGACAAUUUCUGUUAUUACAAUAAAAAUUAUGACAAUUUUAAUGGAGGAAAAGACUGGGCAAAAGAUUCUUUAAAAAAACACGAUUCAGAUAAAAGAGAAUAUUUAUAUGAUUUUGACGACUUCAAAAAUGCUAAAACACAUGAUGAUUUAUGGAAUUGUUGUCAACUGCAAUUAAUUAAUGAAGGUAUAAUUCAUGAAUUUUUGAGAAUGUAUUGGUGCAAAAAAAUUCUGAACUGGUCAGGCAAUUCGAAAACAGCUUUAAAAUGUGCCAUGAAAUUAAAUGAUGAUUUUUCUAUUGAUGCAAAAAGUCCACAUGGAUAUGUUUCAAUCAUGAGCUCAAUUAUGGGAAUACAUGAUCAAAGUUGGAAUGAACGAACUGUGUUUGGAAAAAUUAGGUCUAUGAAUUAUAACAGCUGUAAGAGACUUUUUGACAUUAACGUGUACAUGUCAAAAUAUCCAAAAGGCAAAGAAAACGCCUUAAUUGUUCAGAAAAUACCAACCAUGACUUUUUCCAGUUAUAUAAAAAAAAGAAAAAAUAGUAAUAUAUCUAUUGAAGAAAAGAAAAAUGAAAAAAGGGAAAAGAAAUGUGUUGCUUCUUGA